GGUUCUCUGUCAGGACUCAGGCUUGAGGGUGGGUUCCCUGUGGCUGUCAUUGUCCAGGUGGGGGAAGGAGAGUUAGCGCAGAGGCUGAGCCCCAGGGGCGCUUGCUGGGAGCUGCUCAUAGAGCCUGGAGGUGGACACUCCCUUCCAUCUGCUCAGUGUUUUUCAAACUGGGGGGCAUGCCCCACUUAAGGGCCAUGAUUCCAAUGCAUUGCAAUCAGCACUUUUGCUCCCCACGCAGUAAAAGGAUAGAGCUGGCAGUAACUGUGUAUGAGACACAGGAAGUAAGUGUGGUUUCUGCACCAUUUGCGACAUUGCAUGUAUGUCCACGUGUGAACUGGGAGCCAGUGUGAAAGGUAUUUCCUGUUGCAGCUCACGGGCAAAAAAAAAUUAAACUGCAAAGAAACACUCCUUCUGGCACAAGGAGACAGGAACUGGGAGGUUCAAGGCUCCGGGGAAAAGAGGAAAGAACUCCACUGGCCCUGAAUAGAAAUAUCCACUGUGGCUUCUGCCAACAAUGGACCCUCCCUGAGAGCUAAAGUUUAUGAAGCCCAGCGCUGUGAGCAUGGAGAAACCUCAGAAACAAUGAGGGCCAAAGCAAGUUGCAAAAUGAUACACACCACGCCCCACUCUGGCCGGAGCACACCAAGCAGCUCCCCAUCUCUCCGCAAGCGGCUGCAGCUCUUGCCCCCCAGCCGCCCGCCGCCUGAACCGGAACCGGGCACCAUGGUGGAGAAGGGGUCAGAUAACUCCUCAGAAAAAGGUGGGGUGCCCGGGACCCCCAGCACCCAGAGCCUGGGCAGCCGGAACUUCAUCCGCAACAGCAAGAAGAUGCAGAGCUGGUACAGCAUGCUGAGCCCCACAUACAAACAGCGCAACGAGGACUUCCGGAAACUGUUCAGCAAACUCCCCGAAGCCGAACGCCUCAUCGUGGAUUACUCCUGUGCCUUGCAGCGCGAGAUCCUCCUCCAGGGCCGCCUCUAUCUCUCCGAGAACUGGAUCUGCUUCUACAGCAACAUCUUCCGCUGGGAGACGACCAUUUCCAUCCAGUUGAAGGAAGUGACGUGUCUGAAGAAGGAAAAGACAGCCAAGCUGAUCCCCAACGCCAUCCAGAUCUGCACAGAGAGCGAGAAGCAUUUCUUCACCUCCUUUGGGGCCCGGGACCGCUGCUUCCUCCUCAUCUUCCGCCUUUGGCAGAACGCACUGCUGGAAAAGACGCUGAGUCCCCGCGAGCUCUGGCACCUGGUGCAUCAGUGCUACGGCUCAGAGCUGGGCCUCACCAGCGAGGACGAGGACUAUGUCUGCCCCUUGCAGCUGAACGGCCUGGGGACCCCCAAGGAAGUGGGCGAUGUGAUUGCCCUGAGUGACAUCGCCCCCCCGGGAGCAACUGACCGCAGCCAGGAGCCCAGUCCCGUGGGGUCACGUCGUGGCCGCAUCACCCCCAACCUUUCAAGGGCCAGCAGCGAUGCAGACCAUGGGGCAGAGGAGGACAAAGAGGAGCAGACAGACAGCCAGCCGGACGCCUCCUCCAGCCAGACAGUGACCCCAGUGGCUGAACCCCCGAGCUCAGAGCCCACCCCGUCGGACGGGCCCGCCUCCCUGGGCCCCUUGGACCUGCUGCCCAGCGAAGAGCUGCUGACGGACACGAGUAAUUCCUCCUCGUCCACCGGGGAGGAAGCUGACCUGGCUGCCCUGCUUCCCGACCUCUCUGGCCGGCUCCUCAUCAACUCCGUCUUCCACGUGGGCGCCGAGCGGCUCCAGCAGAUGCUGUUCUCCGACUCACCCUUCCUGCAGGGCUUCCUGCAGCAGUGCAAGUUCACAGACGUCACAUUGAGCCCCUGGAGUGGGGACAGCAAGUGCCACCAGCGCCGCGUGCUCACCUACACCAUUCCCAUCAGCAACCCGCUGGGCCCCAAGAGCGCCUCCGUGGUGGAGACACAGACGCUCUUCCGACGGGGCCCGCAGGCAGGCGGGUGUGUGGUGGACUCCGAGGUGCUGACGCAGGGCAUCCCCUACCAGGACUACUUCUACACCGCCCACCGCUACUGCAUCCUGGGCCUGGCCCGCAACAAGGCCCGGCUCCGGGUGUCCUCGGAGAUCCGCUACCGGAAGCAGCCCUGGAGCCUGGUGAAGUCGCUCAUCGAGAAGAACUCGUGGAGUGGCAUCGAGGACUACUUCCACCACCUGGAGCGGGAGCUCGCCAAGGCCGAGAAGCUGUCUCUGGAGGAAGGCGGGAAGGAGGCCCGGGGGCUGCUGUCAGGCCUGCGGAGGCGGAAGCGGCCCCUGAGCUGGCGGGGCCACGGGGACGGACCCCAGCACCCGGACCCCGACCCCUGCGCCCGGGCCGGCCUGCACACCUCAGGUUCCCUCAGCUCCCGAUUUGCAGAACCGUCUGUGGACCAGAGCCCUGGGGCGGGCAUCCCGGGCGCCCUGGUCCUCAUCAGCAUCGUCCUCAUCGUCCUCAUCGCCCUCAACAUCCUCCUCUUUUACCGCCUCUGGUCGCUGGAGAGGACGGCCCACACUUUCGAGUCCUGGCACAGUCUGGCCCUGGCCAAGGGCAAGUUCCCCCAGACGGCCACAGAAUGGGCAGAGAUCCUGGCCCUGCAGAAACAGUUCCACAGCGUGGAGGUGCACAAGUGGCGGCAGAUCCUGCGGGCGUCCGUGGAGCUUCUGGACGAGAUGAAGUUCUCGCUCGAGAAGCUGCAUCAAGGCAUCGCUGUCUCAGACCCUCCCUUUGACUCCCAGCCACGACCCGACGACAGCUUCUCCUGAGGACGCCUGGCCACACAGCCGUCCCCCCAGAUGGACACAGAGCCUCGGCGGCCACUGCUGGCACGGUGUGAGCGCCGGGAGGCCCUGACACCCCUCGCAGGGGCCCUCGUGGGGCCACGCAGACAUGGGGACCACAGAACUAGAUGCACUUUAGACCAGCGUGCGCCAGUCCAGCUGCCAUUGUCUGCCCUGCCAGGGAGCUGGCCUGGCCAUCAGCAGGCCCCGCUAACUUAUUUUGCCCAGCUAGGGCUGUGGGGGGGGUGCCUCCCGGGGUGCACGAUUCCCUCAGCUUGGGAUUUAAUGUAUUAUAUUUAUUUGGGGAAUAGAAAACCCCAAUAAAAAUUCGGAAUAACUGGCUGUGCCUGCAGGGCCCGGAGAGCGGGUGGGGUCCUUGGCAGGCAGGGGGCUCUGUCCCUUUUCUGGGGCUGUGGCACUGAGGCAGCUGGAGCUCCCCAGCACUCUCCACAAGCCUCAGAUCAGCAGGCAGGGUCUGGUGGGGGCCUCUGAGGGCUCAUCCUUCCCCAGAUAUUUUGCAGUCAUAUGCUUGGUUACCACUCUGAACUCCAGUUUCCUCUUCUCUACAGCGGGGGCAAGAGUAGCACCUGCUUCCCCGGGUUGUUAAAAAGAGUCAUUCUCAAACUUUAGCUGCAUCAGGAGCACCCAGGUGUCCCAGGCCCCGUGUCGAGACCUGGGUUCAUUUAAUCCUCCCAGCGUCUCCGGGAGAUGGAAGCAGAGAUGCCGAGGCCGGUGGGCUCCUGGUGUGUCUGCGUUUCUACGCAAGGUCCUCACCUCUUCGGGCCCCCAGCAGGCCUUUCCGUGUGCAGGCCAUCUGUAGCCUUGAGUUUCAGGUGAGGGCACGGGCUUAGGGGCACAUCCUUCCGCCCCUGGUAGAACCCAGACCUGCCUCACUCAACCCCGUGUGAGUGAGGGGUGGAGAGAGACCUUUGAGAUAUCACAGCCCGGCUGUGAGAAUCUUCAUUGAUGAAUUACCCACCUCCAGCCUCAGUCUUCCAUGCCUGUAAAAUGGGCAUGGCCAUAACACGCACAUGAGUUCACAUGGAUCGUGGGCUCUUAACAGCGCCAGGUGCUCAGCGAACAUCAGCUUGUAGGCCUGUCAGUAUCUGCUCCUGCCCAGUGCCCGGUGCCUGUCCUCGGUGCCCCCAUCUGCCACCCUGGCCAGAGGGGGGGUGGGGGGGUGGCUUGCAACUGCAAGAAGGUUAUUUUCUGCAGGGGAAUUUCACAGCCCAGAGGUGCUGGCACAGAGACCCGGACCACAAAGGUGUCCGGUGUCCCUGCUUCCUGUCCCUCUGGCCCCGACCAGCCUCACAUCCUGGUGCCUCUUGCCUGGAAGCGCUGGCCCGUGGGGAUUCUGGGACUUCACCCAGAACUGGUGGCUUGGAUCUGAGCAGGGACCCCCAGCCAAAAGGCCCACUCCUACAC